AUGAAGCUGAUUUGGUCUCCCGAGAAUGCAACCAAGGCCUACAUCGACACCGUUCGAUCUUGUGAGGUUUUUCAUGAAUCUGGGGUUGCAGAGCUCAUUUCAGCCAUGGCUGCCGGGUGGAACGCAGAGUUCAUCGUUGAGACAUGGUCGCAAGGAGGGGUCACCGCAACAAGCAUCGGGCUUGAAAUCGCCACCCGCCACACGUGCGCACGGCACGUGUGUGUAGUCCCAGAUGAGCAGUCAAGGUCGGAAUUUGUGGCAGCAAUGAAAGAGGCAGGGAUGGCGCCGGAGGUUCUUGUUGGGGAGCCAGAGGAGGUGAUGGCCGGGCUUGUGGGGAUAGAUUUUCUGGUGGUGGAUUCUAAGCGCAAAGACUUUGCUAGGGUUUUGAGGCAGGCAAGGCUGAGCCCUAGGGGCGCAGUUUUGGUGUGCAAAAAUGCUAGUUCAAGAAGUGCUUCUAGUUUCAGAUGGAGAAGUGUUGUUGAUUGUGGGUCAAGACGUGUGGUUAGGUCUGUGUUUUUGCCUGUAGGGAAGGGUCUGGAUAUGGCUCAUGUGUCUAGCAGUGGAGGGAAUUUAGGUUCAAGCAAGGGGGAGAAUAGAUGGGUUAAGCAUUUUGAUCAACAAUCUGGGGAAGAACAUGUUAUCAGAAAGUGA